UAUCUGUUGUUCCACUGUAAAUGCUGAAUCUCAUACUGUAUAUGAUGUAGGAUGAAGAACACUGUGUUACUGUGUGUGCCACAUUCCCUGGGGAUCCUAAUCUCUCUCGCUCUCUCUCUCUCUCUCCCUCUGUUCACCAGCUCUUCUCCCUCCCCCUCCUUUCUGCUCCUCCUCCACCUCUCCCUCCUCGUCCUCUUGCUCUCUCUCUCUGUCUGUCAGUGCUGCAUUGAUAGUGCUGCCUCCCUCAGUGAUGAUGUCACUGGCUCAGUCAGGCUCAGCAUCACUGCUCUAAGCAGCCAGCAGAGCCAUUUUGGCUUCUGCAUUACAGACAACGUCAAGUCUUCUCCUUUAAAAAGCCUCCUCCCUGAUCAAGCAGGCUCCACCGAGCAUCCAGAUACCCCUUUCCCCCUCCCUCUCCCUCAGACCUGACUCUCCAUCGGGGGAUUGAGGACACAGGAGGUUUUCUUAGAUUUGUCCCAGAACUAGACCUCUGGGAGCAAAUCAACAGAUCUAUAGUGUAGUAAAGAGCUCAGGAGACAAAUACAGCACUGUAAAGGUGUGUGUCUGUUGGUGUGGGCAGUGGGAGCCAUAAGUAGGCGCCAUGGCGGGGGCCUCGGUGAAGGUAGCGGUGCGGGUUCGCCCCUUCAACUCACGGGAGAUGAGCAAAGAGAGCAAGUGCAUCAUCCAGAUGUCAGGAAACACAACCACUAUCAUCAACCCCAAAGUACCCAAAGAAACUAAGAGCUUCAAUUUUGAUUAUUCUUACUGGUCACAUACCUCGCCAGAGGACAUCAACUAUGCGUCUCAGCAGCAAGUCUACAGGGACAUUGGCGAGGAGAUGCUGCUCCAUGCCUUUGAGGGCUACAACGUAUGCAUUUUUGCAUACGGCCAGACCGGUGCUGGCAAAUCAUAUACUAUGAUGGGUAAACAAGAAACGGACCAGCAAGGAAUAAUCCCACUGCUGUGUGAAGAUCUCUUCACCAAGAUCAAUGACAGCAAUACUGACAACAGCAUGUCUUAUUCCGUAGAGGUGAGCUACAUGGAGAUUUACUGUGAGCGCGUACGGGACCUGCUGAACCCCAAAAACAAAGGGAACCUGCGUGUGAGAGAACACCCACUAUUAGGCCCAUAUGUGGAAGAUCUAUCCAAACUUGCUGUCAUGUCCUACAAUGACAUUCAAGACCUGAUGGACUCAGGAAAUAAGGCCAGGACGGUGGCUGCCACCAACAUGAACGAAACAAGCAGUCGUUCUCAUGCUGUCUUCAACAUCAUCUUCACACAGAGGAGGCACGAUGCAGAGACAGACAACACGUCUGAGAAGGUCAGCAAGGUCAGUCUGGUGGAUUUAGCUGGCAGUGAAAGAGCAGACUCCACUGGAGCCAAAGGCACUCGGCUCAAGGAGGGAGCAAACAUAAACAAAUCCCUCACCACACUAGGGAAAGUCAUUUCAGCAUUGGCUGAGGUGGAUUCUGGAUCAAACAAGAACAAGAAGAAAAAGAAGGUGGAAAAUUUUAUCCCAUACAGAGAUUCUGUACUUACAUGGUUGCUUCGAGAAAAUUUAGGUGGAAAUUCUCGCACUGCCAUGGUAGCUGCUCUCAGUCCUGCAGACAUCAACUAUGACGAGACUCUCAGCACACUCAGGUACGCAGACAGGGCCAAGCAGAUCCGCUGUAACGCUGUCAUUAAUGAGGACCCCAACAACCGGCUGGUGCGUGAGCUGAAGGAUGAGGUGUCACGCCUGAAAGAGCUCCUCUAUGCCCAGGGCUUGGGUGACAUCAUUGAAACAUAUCGUGGUCCAGUUGAUGACAAUGCUGGUUUGGAUUUGAAAUACUUUUCUGAUUACAAGAACAAUAACAAUACUGGCCAAGCUGUCAAUGAAAGGGGUGAUCUCUCCGCAGUGACCAAUGCCAUGACAGGGAUGAGUCCCUCCCCCUCUCUCUCCGUCCUGUCCAGUCGUGCUGGAUCCAUUAACAGCCUGCAUGACCGCAUCAUGUUCAGCCCUGGAAGUGAAGAGGCUAUUGAGAGGCUCAAGGAAACAGAGAAAAUCAUUGCUGAGCUCAAUGAAACAUGGGAGGAGAAGCUUCGCCGUACCGAGGCCAUCAGGAUGGAAAGAGAGGCCCUGCUUGCUGAGAUGGGUGUAGCCAUGAGGGAAGAUGGAGGCACUGUUGGCGUCUUUUCACCCAAAAAGACUCCUCAUCUGGUGAACUUGAAUGAAGAUCCUCUGAUGUCUGAGUGUCUCCUUUACUACAUUAAAGAUGGAAUCACCAGGGUGGGGAGAGAGGAUGCAAUGACAAGGCAGGACAUUGUCCUCAGUGGACACUUCAUAAAGGACGAGCACUGUAUUUUCACUAGCAGUGCAGGACCUAUGGGAGAAGUCAUUCUGGAGCCGAGUGAAGGCGCUGAGACCUACGUCAAUGGGAAGAAAGUGACAGAGCCCACGGUCCUCAAAUCUGGGAACCGCAUCAUCAUGGGGAAGAGCCAUGUGUUCCGCUUCAACCACCCGGAGCAGGCGAGGCAGGAGCGGGAGAGGACUCCAUGUGCCGAGACGCCGGCUGAGCCUGUGGACUGGGCCUUUGCUCAGAGAGAGCUGCUAGAGAAACAGGGCAUUGACAUGAAACAGGAGAUGGACCAGAGACUUCAGGAGCUGGAGGACCAGUACCGCAAAGAGAGGGAGGAGGUCAAUAAUCUUCUGGAGCAACAGAGACUAGAUUAUGAGAGCAAGUUGGAGGCCUUGCAAAAGCAGGUUGAUCGUUACUAUCCUGAAGCAGCAGAGGAAGAAUACGAACCUGACGAGGAAGUGCAAUGGACUGAGAGGGAGACCGAGCUGGCGAUGUGGGCUUUCAGAAAGUGGAGGUGUUACCAGUUUACCUCUCUCAGAGACCUUCUCUGGGGCAAUGCCAUCUUCCUCAAAGAGGCCAAUGCCAUUAGUGUGGAGCUCAAAAAGAAGGUGCAGUUUCAGUUUGUGUUGCUGACCGACACACUGUACUCUCCGCUUCCUCCUGACUUACUGCCUUCUGAUGUGAAUAAAGAGCGUGAGAAAAGCCCAUUUCCCCGCACCAUCGUGGCCGUGGAGGUGCAGGACCAGAAAAAUGGAGCCACGCAUUACUGGACCCUGGAGAAGCUCAGGCAGCGUUUGGACCUGAUGAGGGAGAUGUAUGACCGAGCUGCAGAGGUUCCCAGCAAUGCCACAGAGGAGUGUGACAGUGUGCUGACAGGAGGAGACCCUUUCUACGACCGCUUCCCUUGGUUCCGCCUGGUUGGGAGCAACCUACUAUUCACCUCAUGCCUUAGUGAGCAAGCGAAAGACCCCAUCGCCUCCCCGACCCUCUCUGAUCCCACCGAGACCACUGAACCCACCGAGCUCAUCCAGUCACGGCACUGCAGGGGGCUCGGGGCAGAGCUGGACGACUUCACAGAUGAGCUCUUGUCGGAUGAGCUGUGUUCUGAGCUCGGUGAUGAAGACGAUGACGUUUAUAAGGAUGAUGAGAAGGGGCUUUGCAGAAACUCCGGCGAGGCGGAGGACCCGUUUUAUGACCGCAGUCCUUUGUUCAGUGUAGUGGGAAGGGCCUUUGUGUAUCUGAGUAAUCUGCUGUACCCUGUGCCCCUGGUACAUCGAGUAGCCAUUGUGAGCGAGAAGGGUGAGGUCAAGGGUUUCCUGCGUGUAGCAGUGCAGGCAAUAUCAGCUGAUGAGGAGGCACCCGAUUAUGGCUCAGGUGUGCGGCAGUCUGGAACAGCCAAGAUCUCCUUUGAGGACCAGCAGUUUGAAAAGUUCCAAUCAGAGUCCUGCCCAGACGGUCUCUCCCGCUCUGGACUUUCCCAGGAGGAGCUGCGGAUCGUGGAGGGUGAGGGACAGAAUGCAGAGAUGGUGCCAUCUGCCGAUGAAGUCAACAACAACACCUGUGCAGCUGACCCAGAAGAUCCGGAGAGCACUGUGAAAGACGGUGUUCUGGACGGUGCUUUGGACCACCUAAAGAUCGGAGAGCUCUUUACCUUCAGAGUCACCGUGCUCCAAGCAUCCAGCAUCUCUGCCGAGUAUGCAGACAUCUUCUGCCAGUUUAAUUUUAUCCAUCGGCACGACGAGGCGUUUUCCACAGAGCCGCUGAAAAACACUGGGCGAGGUCCACCACUGGGCUUCUAUCAUGUGCAGAACAUUGCAGUGGAGGUCACUAAGUCUUUUGUGGAGUACAUAAGGACCCAGCCAAUCGUGUUUGAAGUGUUUGGUCACUAUCAGAAACAGCCCUUUCCUCCACUGUGCAAGGACCUAAUCAGCCCAUUGCGUCCAUGCAGAAGACAGUUCCCAAGAGUCAUGCCUCUAUCCAAACCAGUACCUGCUACUAAACUGACGACUCUCACACGACCCACAGCCGGACCUUGCCACUGUAAAUACGACCUAAUGGUAUUGUUUGAGAUCUGCGAGCUGGAGGCCAAUGGAGACUACAUCCCUGCUGCAGUGGACCACAGAGGUGGAAUGCCCUGUCAGGGCACCUUCCUGUUACACCAGGGAAUCCAAAGAAGAGUGACAGUGACUAUAGUGCACGAGACAGGGGGUGACAUUAAUUGGAAAGAGGUUCGUGAGCUGGUUGUAGGCCGCAUUCGAAGCGCACCAGAAGCAGAUGAGACUAUCAUCGACCCCAACAUCCUGUCCCUUAACAUCCUGUCUGCUGGAUACAUCCAGCCAACUCCAGAUGACAGGCAGUUUCUUGAUUCGGACAUGCCUAGCAUUUCCUUGGGAAUUGAUCCUAGGACAUUCUACCGCUUUGAAGCUGCCUGGGAUUCAUCCAUGCACAACUCACUCUUGUUGAACCGAGUGACUCCAUAUGGGGAGAAAAUCUAUAUGACUUUGUCUGCUUACUUGGAGAUGGAGAACUGCACACAACCUACAGUAAUAACCAAAGACUUCUCCAUGGUGUUUUAUUCCCGAGAUGCGAAGCUUUCAGCCUCACGCUCCAUCAGGAACUUGUUCAGCAGCGGGAGCUUGAGGCCAUCCGAAGGAAACCGAAUCACUGGAGUGUAUGAGCUCAGUCUGUGCCACCUGGCAGAUGCAGGCAGCCCAGGGAUGCAGCGGAGGCGCAGGCGGGUGUUGGACACAUCCGUGGCGUAUGUGCGAGGGGAGGAGAAUUUGGCUGGAUGGAGGCCCCGCAGUGACAGCCUCAUCCUGGACCAUCAGUGGGAGCUGGAGAAGCUCAGCCUCCUGCAGGAGGUGGAGAAAACCAGGCACUACCUCCUCCUGAGGGAGAAGCUGGAGUCCACCCUGCUGUUGGGCCAGGAAUUGCCGCUGUCCUGCGUGUGUGAAGAUCUGACUGAGUCCUCCUCCCCCUCCAAACACCUGGGGCAGGGUCAUGACCCUGACGCUGAACCCGGGCAUGAAAUAACCAACGAGAGGCAGCGCAAGCUUGCCGCCAAGUGUUUGCGUUUGCUUACUCACACCUUCAACAGAGACUACAGUCAUGUGUGUGUGAGUGCCAGUGAGAGCAAGCUGAGUGAGAUGUCUGUAACUCUGAUGAGAGAUUCUAUCUCUAUCUCUGACAUCAACACACUCACACCCUCCUCCACUUGUCCCUCACUGGUGGAGGGACGCUACAACAGCAACACUGAGCUCAGACCUCCAGCACCUCGCUCCCGUGCUGUGAGCCCCAAUCGAGGCUCUACAUCUGAUGGCGAGGGCAAGAAGUCCCCCAGUGGAGCUCCAGAGUCCAAAUCAAGGACCCAUACAUUUGUCCCUGACAUUCAGGAGAUCCGUGUCAGCCCAAUAGUAUCGAAAAAGGGCUAUCUGCACUUCUUGGAGCCACACACUAACGGCUGGGUGAAGCGCUACGUGGUGGUGCGCCGGCCGUACGUCUACAUCUACAAUUCAGAGAGAGACACGGUGGAGAGAGCCAUCCUCAACCUGUCCUCUGCACAAGUGGAGUAUAGUGAGGACCAGCAGGCCAUGCUGAAGACUCCCUACACAUUCGCUGUGUGCACAGAGCAUCGUGGGAUACUUCUGCAAGCCGGCAAUGACAAAGAGAUGCAUGACUGGCUGUAUGCAUUUAACCCUCUCCUUGCUGGCUCCAUCAGGUCCAAACUCUCCAGAAGAAGAGCAGCACAGAUGAGGCUUUGAGAGGACAAAAACAACAGAGCCCACAAACACAAAAAAAAAAGACUAUCCCUGUAAAUAGAGUCCUCAGUUCCUGUGCCCAGUCCCGU